CCCAGACCUCACCUCACUCCAUCAGACCACUCGAUCAAUAUCAUCAGUUCUUCGGCCAUGGCCGGGUCAAACACUGAUCACCAUACAAUGUUGAUUUGAUUUGCUCCUGUCUUUGUGUCGAUUUCUUUUCUUCUUGUGUUUAAUGAGCUCCUUUUGGUUUACUGAUUGUACGAAUACUGUGACCGUUGUUUGGGGUGCCCCUCCGGAGUGACGAUGGACCUGGAAAGGAUUAAGCAGAAUCUACGCAUACGGUCAGGCAGGGCAAAGAAACCACGAAAACUUCCUGCAGAGAAUCCUUCCGUCACUCCAGCAAAAGUUUCCAAAGUUGUUGAGCAACCACCGGUGAAAGCAAAUGAUACCGCCAAAUCGCCUCGCGUCCCAAGUAAACCUGCGACUCCUCCUUCUAAGGAGGGGAUUCCAUCUCGCCCUCGGGGCAUUCUAACCCCCCUUCCUGUUGUCGAGUCAGCAAACAUCUCGAAACCACGGCCAGGACUCCCACACGCUGUAACAGGCUCCAAUUUUAACCUAAAACUUCCGGAGCAUUGGCCUCGAUAUGGACGAUCAGGCAUCGAAAGGCCUCAAAGGAGCCCUGUACUCGAUAAGUCCUCGAAGGGACAAUCCAUACGACGGACUGUCUCGGACAAUGACACUACGGAUGUCCUUGAUUUUGACCUGCGGCCCCCUCCUCCCAGGGUCAAACCACCGUCUAUCGAGUCCUUGGCCGAGUUGUUGUUUUCGGCUCGCCACCUCAACGUUCUCGUCUACAAGCCUCAAUAUCUGGCUGCUUUCACUACUUUCAUCCGGCGCUAUCGACCUCAAUACCACGACGUAAUCGUCGGGUACAUCGAGUCACAAAAAGCUAUAAAAGCGGUCGAGUAUGCGAACGCUGUUGCACACAGCAUCACUUCCGAAGCCACUAAAGUCACAAGACCGACACAAGUAGCAACACUGGACAAAAUUUUCGAAGACUGGAACAGAUCUUGUUUCUCCACCUUAAUCGACACCGCUCUUCCAAUGUACAUCACUUACAACUUGGUUAAAGUGGUAACAGAAUGUCUAGUCAACGAGAUCACGGGUAGACAAACACCGCUGAUGAGGGAUCUGGUGGGCGGAUUAUCAGAAGUUUUCUGCUUGACAGAUCCCAAUCAACCAGACAACCCCAUCAUCUAUGCGAGUGAAGAGUUCUUCCGACUUACAGGAUACGGCGUGGAUGACGUUAUCGGACAUAACUGUCGAUUCCUCCAAGGUGUGAAGACCAACAGAGAGUCGGUAAAACGAUUGCGAGAUGACGUUAGGAGGGGCGAAGAAACUUGCGAAACCCUACUCAACUACCGCAGGGAUGGCAGGGCAUUUAUAAAUUUACUCAUGACUGCGCCUCUACACGACGACCAGGGCAACGUUAAAUACAAUAUUGGCGCCCAAAUUGACGUCACUGGAUUGGUUGAACGUGGUAAAGGCUUAGACGGCUUUGGAUCUUUACUGAUCAACCGAGGGCUCGAACAACCGGCACAUAAGGCUGACGGCAACCCUUCUUAUGGUAAUGAACAAACAGUCAAGAAGGCCCAUGCUCUGGGCAAACUGAAAGAGCUAAGUGAAAUGUUUGAUCUUGAGGAGUCAGUUGCAGUGAACUCCCGUAGCAGAUCAUUGUCAAGGUCAACAGACGAUGACGAGCACAGCAUUGGGAGGAGACCUCGACGCAUCUAUGGGAACUAUUCCUCAUCAGAAGAUCAUGACGGUGUAUCAGGCGACGACGAGGAUGCGACGUGGAAAUUGGCAGAGUCUGGUCGAUCUGGCUUGUCUGGAAAACUUCCGGGGGUCUACGACAGCUAUAUGCUCAUCAGAGCAGCUCCGUCCUUACGGAUAGUGUUUGUCUCUCCCAGACUACGCAGACGAUUCGGUAAUAUCGUCCAGCAUCCUUUUCUAGCACACAUUGGGGCUUCACCAGUUACUUUGGCAGGGCUCAGGGAAAGCUUGGGAACUGGCAUUCCUGUUUCUGCCAAAGUCAACUUUAUGGUCAACGCUGGAGAACGCCGUGAUGGUAUCAGUAUCCCUGCCGGAUCAAAACCAGGCAACCUGGGGCACCACCGAGUCUCCUGGAUUUCUGCAACACCCUUGAUCGGCAGCGAUGGCAAAGUUGGCGUUUGGAUGAUCGUCGUGGUUGAAAGAGCAAAAGUGCCGAGGGAUACAAAGAAUGAUGCCGCCAGGGAGCCAACAAACACUAUACAACCGCUCACUACACGUCGACUUGAAAUGCUGGAGAUUCAGACACGAGACGUCCCUGACUAUACGCAGCAGUAUCGAUCCAAAAGCCCCGGACGAAAAGAACGGCCGAUCGAAGACAUGCCAAUAAAGCCGAAGAGGUUGACCGACGAAAUCAUCGAGGCGCCUCCUGGACAAGUACAUCGAUCUUAUGAUAUGGUACCUCAGCGGGUCGGCAGUGACAAAGACGAGUCUAAUGCAAGCAAAACACCUACUGAGCAAACUGGGGUUGUAACUCCCACUCGACCCAUCGCAUCCGAUGGACAGCAAAAAGCAAUCAAUGUUGAGACUGUCAAGACCACAGAUGAGGCGGUUGAUGAAGGAAAUAGACCUGGCCCUGAACCCGAACCAGUCAAGGUCACAAGUUCAGAGAAAGAAUCCCAGGAACCAGAACAAGUUGUUGAUAUUCAGCCUGAGACUAAUCCCGAACCUGUCAAGAUUACUUGUCCAGAGAAGGAGAGUCAGUAUUCAGAGGACGUUGAUAUCAAGCUCGAGAAUGAACAACCCAAACCUCAUACCUUGAUCAUUUCAAAGGUGGACAGUGCGUUGAUGCGAUCAUUGUCCGCGGAUCAAUUGGACUCUGCGAAGAUCGGUUCGGAGCCUCCUUCUCCGAACGACAGUGGGUUCCAGGAAGUGCCGAAACACUCUCAUCACCACUAUUCUUCAGAGGAUGAGGACACUCCUAGAAGGCCACAAGCGCGUCCAGGAAUCUUCGAGCGCACUCCGCCACAAUCGCGGCCCGGGACUAGUAGUGGACACGAUGCGAGCAAAUCGACUCCCAAGCACUACAUGGAUUACAUCCGACAUCAUGGGAGCAGGCCUUCAUCCGACUACAAUCGAGCCAUGUCUGGUGGCAUGCUUUCGUCGUCCAUGUAUCAUGAGUAUCAUGACUUUGUGGAAAAGGAUGAACAAGGGGAUGAAGAGGAAGAAGACGAGGAAUGUGCUCGAACCCCAUAUAGUGUUGAUUAGUUUAUUGACUUAGUAGGACAAAUAUGGUAAAAGUUUGCAGAACCGUAGUACCUAUCAUGGAUAUUUGGUAGUGUUUUCAAUCAUUGAUGCGACGGUAUUUAACAUGCG